UCCUGGGCGGGAGCCGCCACUGGGACCUGAGAAUGUGGGGAGGGGAAGGGACCGAGAGGGCGACCUGGAGGAGGACCCUGCGAGUGAUGUCAGGUCACCUCCAGGUUCAUUUUCAUAGCUUCCUGCAGCCUCCGCCCAGGAGUUCUGUUUGGUGACCGAGAGCAGCGCUGCCAAAUUGCACCGGGGUUCAUUUGGGGGCUGGGAAUUGGCCAUUCCGCUGUACAGACACUGUUUUUAUUUUAAAAAGCAAGAUUUUAGGUGAUGGGAAGAUCAGAAAGUCAGAUGGAUAUAACUGAUAUCAAUGCUCCAAAGCCGAAGAAGAAACAGCGAUGGACUCCACUGGAGAUCAGCCUCUCUGUGCUCGUCUUGCUCCUGACUAUCAUAGCUGUGACAAUGAUUGCUCUCUAUGCAACCUAUGAUGAUGGUAUUUGCAAAUCAUCAGACUGCAUAAAAUCAGCUGCUCGACUGAUCCAGAACAUGGAUGCCUCUGCCGAGCCAUGUACGGACUUCUUCAAAUAUGCUUGUGGAGGCUGGUUGAAACGCAACGUCAUCCCUGAGACCAGUUCCCGAUACAGUAAUUUUGACAUUCUAAGAGAUGAGCUAGAAGUCAUUUUGAAAGAUGUCCUUCAAGAACCCAAAACUGAAGACAUAGUAGCAGUGCAGAAAGCAAAAACUUUGUACAGAUCAUGUAUAAAUGAAUCUGCUAUUGAUAGCAGAGGCGGGCAACCUCUGCUCACACUGUUACCAGAUAUAUAUGGGUGGCCAGUAGCAUCACAAAACUGGGAACAAACAUAUGGUACUUCUUGGACAGCUGAGAAAUCUAUUGCACAACUGAAUUCUAAAUAUGGGAAAAAGGUCCUCAUUAAUUUUUUUGUUGGCACUGAUGAUAAGAAUUCUACCCAGCAUAUAAUUCAUUUUGACCAGCCUCGACUUGGCCUCCCUUCCAGAGACUACUAUGAGUGUACAGGAAUAUAUAAAGAGGCUUGCACAGCAUAUGUGGAUUUUAUGAUUUCUGUGGCCAGACUGAUUCGUCAGGAACAAAGAUUGCCUAUUGAUGAAAACCAGCUCUCUUUGGAAAUGAAUAAAGUUAUGGAAUUGGAAAAAGAAAUUGCCAAUGCCACAACUAAACCAGAAGACCGAAAUGACCCAAUGCUGCUUUAUAACAAAAUGACAUUGGCCAAGCUCCAAAAUAACUUCUCUCUGGAGAUCGAUGGGAAGCCAUUCAGCUGGUCAAAUUUCACAAAUGAAAUCAUGUCAACUGUGAAUAUUAAUAUUCAAAAUGAGGAAGAAGUGGUUGUUUAUGCUCCAGAAUAUUUAACCAAACUUAAGCCUAUUCUUACCAAAUAUUCUCCCAGAGAUCUUCAAAAUUUAAUGUCCUGGAGGUUCAUAAUGGAUCUUGUAAGCAGCCUCAGCCGAAACUACAAGGAGUCCAGAAAUGCUUUCCGCAAGGCCCUUUACGGGACUACAUCCGAAACUGCAACCUGGAGACGGUGUGCUAACUAUGUCAAUGGGAACAUGGAGAAUGCUGUGGGGAGGCUUUAUGUGGAAGCAGCUUUUGCUGGAGAGAGCAAGCACGUGGUUGAAGAUUUGAUUGCACAAAUCCGUGAAGUUUUUAUUCAGACUUUAGAUGACCUCACUUGGAUGGAUGCUGAGACAAAAAAGAAAGCUGAAGAGAAGGCCCUGGCAAUUAAAGAAAGGAUUGGCUAUCCUGAUGACAUCAUCUCCAAUGAGAAUAAACUGAAUAAUGAGUAUCUUGAGUUGAACUACAAGGAAGAGGAAUACUUUGAGAACAUAAUUCAAAAUUUGAAAUUCAGCCAAAGCAAGCAGCUAAAGAAGCUCCGAGAAAAGGUGGACAAAGAUGAGUGGAUAAGUGGAGCGGCGGUAGUCAAUGCAUUUUAUUCCUCAGGCAGAAAUCAGAUCGUCUUCCCCGCCGGCAUUUUGCAGCCCCCAUUCUUUAGUGCUCGUCAGUCCAACUCAUUGAACUAUGGGGGCAUCGGCAUGGUCAUCGGACAUGAAAUCACACAUGGCUUUGAUGACAAUGGCAGAAAUUUUAACAAAGAUGGAGACCUCGUUGACUGGUGGACUCAGCAGUCUGCAAAUAAUUUCAAAGACCAAUCCCAGUGUAUGGUGUACCAGUAUGGAAACUUUACAUGGGACCUAGCAGGUGGACAGCAUCUCAAUGGAAUUAACACACUAGGAGAAAAUAUUGCUGAUAAUGGAGGGAUUGGCCAAGCAUACAGAGCCUAUCAGAAUUAUGUUAAAAAGAAUGGUGAAGAAAAAUUACUCCCUGGACUUGACCUCAAUCACAAACAACUAUUCUUCUUGAACUUUGCCCAGGUAUGGUGUGGAACCUACCGGCCAGAGUAUGCAGUCAAUUCCAUUAAAACAGAUGUACACAGUCCUGGCAAUUUCAGGAUCAUUGGGACUUUGCAGAACUCUGCUGAGUUUGCGGAUGCCUUUCAUUGCCGCAAGAACUCAUACAUGAAUCCAGAAAGGAAAUGUCGGGUUUGGUGAUCUUCACAGGAAGAGGAGCAUCCAUGGCAGGACUCGCCAAAGCCACAGAAACAGGAAGUCUUCCCUCAGAGAACGUGGGCCCCGGAAGUUUCUUCAGCUUCUUGGGGGAAAUUCACAGAGAUGAGCACGAGCUAACAAAAAUGAAAUUAGAUUAUUAAAACCGCUGUGAAUGAAAGGGGAGAAAACCUACGAUCUAGCAAAUCAAUCACUUCACUGUGUAAAUAAUUACCUUCCAACGGUAUUAUUACCGUUCACUUCUGGUUCUCACACAGACUGCAGCUUUCAUGCUAUCUGUAGAGAACAGUGUUAACACUUAAAGCAGGUUAUGACUUCUGAUCAAGAGGAGGAAGACGCUGAAUACAGUUGGGCACCAAAGUAGAGAUUUGCCUCUCAGCACUCACUUUUGUUUGCAACAUUCAGCUCCUUCAAAACUCUCCCAAAGAACCCCCAUGCAUACUGUGGCCUUCAGGCUCCUACAGUGUGGAACUCAUUUUACCAUGCAUAAAUUAUUCAUUCAUUCCACAUCAUUUUAGUUUGAGCACUCUUAGAGCUUAAACUAGAGAGUCUGAAAUGGUUCCGCCAUUUACCCACUUGAGUGAUGUUGAGACUCUUCAGCCCCCUACAGAUUUUUGAGCAAUUUCUUGCUCUUGCUGCCCCUCAGACUUAGUCUUUUAAAGGAUUUGUAGUAAUGUAUAAAAAAACAUUCUAUAUUUAAUUUUAACUACACAUGACCAAAUAAACCAUUGCUAUAGGUAAUCAUUGAAUAUUGACAUUAUAUGGCCAAGAUAGAUAGUUAAGAAGAUCUGUAACAUGAUGUACAGAUGAAAAUUUGAAACUUUUUAAGCCUGUAAAUCAUAUUGAUGAAAAUCUUCAAACACAAACUCUGGGGUGAGCAUUACCAUUGAACAGUUGUCUUGAGAUGCAUAAUAGUUUUGGUUUAUAAACAGCGUUUUUAAGAUUAAGUCUGGCCUCAGUGGCUAAGAAAGGGCCUAACUCUUAUCUGUGUUACUCCAUGUGUCCAUGUCCUUCAGGUUUGUCAUCCGAUGGAAAUAUUUUGAUAAUAAAUUGAAGUUAUGAGUCCCU